AUGUUCGAAGUCAUCUUCGAGGUUCAACCUCGUACCGACCAGUGGGAGUCGUAUCUUGCCACAGGAAAGGCAUUGCGGCCAGAACUUGAAUCUACACGCGGCUUUAUCGCUAACAUCCGCUACCGAUCUCUGAGACGGCCAGGUUGGAUCCUGUCGUUAUCGGAUUGGGAAAACGAAAAGGCGCUAGUGCGGUGGCGCACGGCGAGCAAACACCAUCUUGCGCAGGCGACUGGUAGAGAUCAGAUUCUUAGGGACUAUCAUCUCCGAGUUGGGGAGGUCAGCCUCGACAGUGAUGCCAAGAGGGCCGCCCAGGGAAUGGUGCAGACGAGGUUCGAUGGGACUGAGGUUGGGAAUGCAAAGGUGGUGAGUCUGGUCAAUGCCAGAAUGACACCGUUAGACGACGGUGGGCCAAUAAGAGAGGCGGACGAUGUGGUCAGGACUCUCCAGGUAGAGCUUUCCGAAGCACCGGGCUUAGUCGAGUGGGAUACUUUUGAAGCCAUCUUGACACCAGGCGAUGUGUUGCUGAUGUGUUCGUGGAAAGACCAGACUUCGGCAGCUGGCUUCAACAGGUCUCUGACAGGUACGGCAGCCCACAGGACCAGGCAGGUCCGAGUUAUCCGCGACUACGGCAUGUAUGAUCGUCGAGAGGCACCUCAGUAUUACCCAGAAGUUGAGCCGCGAUAA